UUUAGCGGAAACCUAAUAACCAAUCUUAUCACUGUUCCUAGUUACUAAUUUUUAUUUUGUUUCAGUCUGACUGUAGGUUUCAACAAUUUAUAUCUAAAUUAAUCAAGAGCGGUUGAGCUAAAACAUCGCAUAAGCGGGCUUUAUCCCACUUCUGGAGAAGAGGGGGAAGCUACCUUAAGCUGUGCACUUUUGUUAUGCUGAAAUUGCACUGCAGGGAGUUGCUCUAUCUGCAUUCUUCUCAACAGGACCUGUUGUAAUUUUGGAGGUUUUGAUGAAAUGUUUACGUGAUCCAAGAGAAGCAUGAACAGACACUACUGAAAAGAGAUCUGCACAAACAAUUAAAUCACUCUAUCUGUUGCAUUUCUGGAACUUUUUUGUUCAAAAUUUUACCUGAUAUGGGAGAACAUGAAUAAACACCAUUCAGAAGAGAUGCACGUAAACAAACAAAUCACUCUGCAAAAAGUUGAUCCAACUCAGUUAAUAGAACAAUUCACAGACUUGGUCAUGACAAAGAGGGGCUCUGGUUGCAGAGACAAAGAAAUACAUUCUUUAUUCUUUGGUUUUUUCUGCUCCUUAAGGAUGAUCUAGUCACAUUGGUCUGGUGGAGGCUAAUAAAUUUCUAUUUUUGCUCAUAUGUUUUACAUUGAAGGAUUCACCGUUUUAUCUUGAGGUAUAGUUCAGGCUAUGUUCUCACUGUAACAGAGAUUCCUGAGUAUUACAACAGGACAGCUUUAUCAUGCUGGGUUAACAGAAAUAGAAUAUUGAUUUUCUUUCGGAAAUCUUGAUGAAAAAUAGUCUGCAAGAAUUGGGCUGAGAUUACACUAUGACGUCUUCAUCAGCAUUUUCUUGUAGUUUUUGUGAAGCACCAAGAUCUGCUUUACUUACUUAUCAAUCAAAAGUUUCUGGAAUACAAACUCCAACUUGCUGCUUACCUAGGCUGGAAAGGAAGAACUCUAGGAUUUUCUUAAAGGCUCAAAGGAAAGACUUCAGUAUCAAAUACAUGGAUGGCUUACACUGUUUGAACACCAUGGUUUCCAGGCUUUGCCUUCGGCGCUUCAUUUCGAUGAGAUGUUCAAUGGAUGUUUCAUUUGGUGGUUCCUCACCAGUUUUUCCCAGAAUAAAUGUUAGGGACCCAUACAAGCGGCUAGGAAUAAGUAGAGAGGCUUCCCAAGAGGAGAUUUUGGCAGCACGUACUUUUCUUGUUAACCAGUAUUCAGGACAUAAGCCAAGUGUGGAUGCAAUAGAAUCUGCACAUGACAAAAUAUUAUUGGAGAACCUCAAAGAAAGGAGGAGAAAAAAAAUUGAUUUUCAGGGUAAAUGGAAGAAACUAACUCAAUCACGUGUGGCAAAGUUCAUUGCUAGCAGGUUUGAAGCUCCAUCUCUUGAGAUGAUUCUCAAAACAGGUGCAUUAUUUCUGGCUUUGGGGGUGUGGAGCUUUCUAAAUCCAACUGAGGAUGGGCCAGUAUAUCAGGUAGCUCUUUCACUCAUAGCAUGCAUAUAUUUUAUAUAUUCAAGACUCAAGAAGCGCUGGAGAGCUUUCUUAUAUGGGUUUGGUGCUUUCAUUUUUUCUUGGGUGUUUGGUUCAUUCCUUAUGGCAUCAGUUUUGCCACCUAUAGCCACAGGACCAAGGAGUGUAGAAGUGUCAACGUCUCUCAUAUCUUUUAUCUUCCUAUGGAUUGCAUCGUCUUAUUUGAUAUAGCAUCUAGAAGGAUUUUCCAAUGUAGCGAUGCCUCUCUAGAGUAUUUUCAUCUUCUAAAAUAUGGUUGAGUUACUAAGAGUUAGUAUUUAAUGUGCCUUUGAUUUUAAUAAGUAAUGGUUGACACUUGAAAUGGUUAAUCAUGAUUACAUUGGUGGUGGGUCAUCUUUUGUCAAUCUUGGUGAAGUUAACAACGUAUAGUUAGUUCUCUUAGAGCUUGUUUAUUCAAUAGAACGAACAUUUGGGAACUAAACUUUUUCUUUUGUUGACGAAGCUGCCAAUAUUGUAUCUUUCUGCCCUGAGAGCUUUAUCUCGUAACAUUUUUGUUUUCUCAUGUUUAGUGACAUCAAUAAUUGCUUGGGCCAUUGUCUUUUCCAUAUAAAAUUUGCUACAUGAUUAACUUACGUUA